CCUGGCGCCGGGGAGUGUCAGGAAGAGGAAGAGCGCGGCCGGGCGGAGGCGAGCGCCGCGCGGGCCACCAUGGCCACGGACGAGCUGGCCACCAAGCUGAGCCGGCGACUGCAGAUGGAGGGCGAGGGCGGCGGCGAGGGCGGCGGCGAGGCCGCGGAGCAGCCCGGCCUGAACGGGGCGGCAGCGGGGGCGCCCGACGAGGCGGCCGAGGCGCUGGGCAGCGCGGACGGCGAGCUGAGCGCCAAGCUGCUGCGGCGCGCGGACCUGAACCAGGGCAUCGGCGAGCCCCAGUCGCCCAGCCGCCGCGUCUUCAACCCCUACACCGAGUUCAAGGAGUUCUCCAGGAAGCAGAUCAAGGACAUGGAGAAGAUGUUCAAGCAGUAUGAUGCCGGGCGGGACGGCUUCAUCGACCUGAUGGAACUAAAGCUCAUGAUGGAGAAACUUGGGGCCCCCCAGACCCACUUGGGCCUGAAAAACAUGAUCAAGGAGGUGGACGAGGACUUGGACAGCAAACUCAGCUUCCGGGAGUUCCUCCUGAUCUUCCGCAAGGCAGCGGCCGGGGAACUGCAGGAAAGCGGGCUCCACGUGCUGGCGCGGCUCUCCGAGAUCGACGUCUCCACCGAGGGCGUCAAGGGGGCCAAGAGCUUCUUCGAGGCCAAGGUGCAGGCCAUCAACGUGUCCAGCCGCUUUGAGGAGGAGAUCAAGGCGGAGCAGGAGGAGCGGAAGAAACAGGCGGAGGAAAUGAAGCAGCGGAGAGCGGCGUUCCGAGAGCUGCAGUCCACCUUCAAGUAGCGGCCGCCGCCCUCCCUGCCAGGCGGCCAGGGGCAGGCGGGUGGGCCAGGGAGGGCGCCAGUCCUGGCCUCUGCCCCUGGGACCACUACUAAAAUCGAGCCACUCGAGGGGUCUCCUGAGUGCCCUGGCCACUGCCAGUCCCGCCCUCUGUCCCUGCGGCUGCCUCUGCCUGGCCCAGCCCUCUGCGGCUCUCCCCUAGCUGCCCUGCUGCCUGCCAGCUGCUCCGGGCCCAGCUCCCGGCUCGAGAUCCCUCCCUGCCCCUGUGCCUGCUCUCCUCGCACACCUGCUCCCCGGCCACCUGCCCCGGGCCUGGACGGCCCUUCCUAGGCUGGAGCAGGAGGGACCGCUGGGCGGACCAGGGCCUGGGGGCCCCUCCCCCAGAUUUUCCUCCGGCUCCGCCCCCUCUGCUGGAAGGGGAGGACUUCUAUUUUGGUGAAGGAACCCGGGCCUCGGCGCCCGGUGCAGACAUGGAGAUGGGACCCCUCGGGGCAGGGUGAGGGGGCCGCUGUGUGCCAAUCUACCUCACGGUCCCACACUCUGCCGGGCGUGCCCUGGGGUCACGGCAGGAGGGCCCCGAGGGGCUCCCUGCACCCCCGCCCAGCCACCUGGGGGCGCAGGGCGGGCAGAGGGAGAAAGGCCGGUGCCGGGCGGUCCCCAGGAGGCGACAGAAGACUGGGAGCGGACGGGCCACCAGCCGCGCCCCUGGCCGCCCGCUCCGUGUGUGUCCGUGUGUGUCCCUUGCUGUGUCGUGAAGCUGUGACCGUCGCCCAGUCCCAACCCGUGGAGGCCGCCGGGCCGCGGCUGUGCAGCUCCCCGCGUGUCCUGACCUGUCACUGCUUUUUCAACUCGGUAACUUUAUUUUGGUACGACGCCGCGGUCGCGGCCCCGCGAGACUUGCAGAGGUUUUAUUUUUUGGCCUUAGAACCGCAGGAGCUGGAGGCACCCGAGCCGCCCCUCGCGUUGCCUUAGCGGAUGUUUAUACGGAUAAAGAUGAUUUUUUUCCUUUGGGCUUUUUGCUUUUUAUUCUUUUUCUCCCUUCUCACACCUCCCCCUAAAAAAAAGGCUACUUCUUCAUUCGGUGGUACGAUUAUUUUUUUUAACUAAAAUAAGAUAAAAUUAUA